CAUGUGUUCCAGGCCACACGAUUCGGGCAGCAAGAGCCGAGCAGACGAGCGUUUAUAAAUACCCAUCCUUACAUCCAACCUCGAGGAGGAGAUCACAAACCGCGCGCCGCCGCCGACGCCGACGACGACGAAGACGACGGCGAGCGAGAGCGCGCGCGACUCCCACUCCGACGAUCUUGAACUUGUGUGUACGCUAUUAUCGUCCGUCGUCGUCGUCGCCGUCGUUGUAUUGUGUUGGCUUUUAGCUAUCACUCCCCUUCGUCCUCGGCGGCCGGCCGGACGUGCUGCUCGAUCGAUCGAACGCCGGCGGCCUCCGCCGCCGCCGCCGUCGUGAUUGAGUUUUUGCAGGAUCAGUACUAGGGUUCAUCUUGGAGAACCAAUUUGAUUCGAUAGAACGAGCGAGUCGAAGAAGAUGGUGCUCGCGAGCACGCCGAAGGUGGUGCUGGGAUGCGUGGCGUUCACGAUCUUCUGGGUGCUGGCCGUGUUCCCGUCGGUGCCGUUCAUGCCGGUGGGUCGCACGGCGGGGUCCCUCCUGGGCGCCAUGCUGAUGGUGCUCUUCCGCGUGAUGACACCCGAGGAGGCGUACGCCGCCAUCGACCUCCCCAUCCUCGGCCUCCUCUUCGGCACCAUGGUCGUCUCCAUCUUCCUGGAGCGCGCCGACAUGUUCAAGUACCUCGGCAACAUGCUGUCGUGGAAGAGCCGCGGCAGCAAGGACCUCCUCUUCCGCGUCUGCGUCGUCUCCGCCGUCGCCAGCGCGCUCUUCACCAACGACACCACCUGCGUCGUCCUCACCGAGUUCAUCCUCAAGGUGGCGCGCCAGAACAACCUCCCGCCGCAGCCGUUCCUCCUCGCGCUCGCGUCGAGCUCCAACAUCGGGUCGGCGGCGACGCCCAUCGGCAACCCGCAGAACCUCGUCAUCGCCGUCGAGAGCGGCAUCACGUUCGGCCAGUUCCUCCUCGGCGUGUUCCCGGCGAUGGUCGUCGGCAUCCUCGCCAACACCUGCAUCCUCCUCUGCUACUUCUGGAGGUACCUCUCCGCCGACCGCGACCAGCUCGAGGGCGGCGGCGGCGCGCAUGGUCCCGAGGUCGUCGCCGACGAGGAGGUCACCUCGCACCGGUUCACCCCGGCGAGGAUGUCCCACGCGUCGUCCGUCAACGACAGCGACUGCAUCAGCGAGCCCAUCCGCCGGAGCGAGAGCAUGAACCGCGCCGACGCGCUCCGCAGCCGGAGCUACAACUCCGAGGGCGACAUCCAGGUCGCCAUCCGCUCGCUCCGGGCGUCGAGCCUGUCGCGCGAGAUGGUGGAGGUGUCCACCGUCUGCGACCGCCGCGACGUCGUCGUCGACGGCGGCGGCGGCGGCGGGCCGCGCAAGAUCACCAGGUCGACGAGCCACCAGCGGAGCGUCAUCAUCGAGGACGCGCCGGAGCAGCACCAGCAUCCGGCCGGCCUUUUCGACGGCGAGAAGGACAAGGACGACGAGGCGAUCGGCAAGCGGCGGCGGUGGAAGGUGAUCGUGUGGAAGUACGCCGUCUACCUCACCACCCUCGGCAUGCUCGCCGCCCUCCUCCUCGGCCUCAACAUGUCGUGGACCGCCAUUACCGCCGCCCUCAUCCUCCUCGCCCUCGACUUCACUGACGCCCAAGCUUGCCUCGAGAAGGUGUCAUACUCGCUGCUGAUCUUCUUCUGCGGGAUGUUCAUCACGGUGGAUGGAUUCAACAAGACUGGAAUUCCAAACACUCUCUGGGAGCUCGUCGAGCCGUAUGCGAGAAUCGAUAGCCCGAAAGGCGUCGUUCUUCUCGCGAUCGUCAUCCUUGUUCUGUCAAAUGUGGCAUCAAAUGUUCCAACAGUUCUACUGCUGGGCACAAGAGUGGCAGCAUCAGCCGCAGCGAUCUCCCCUGCAUCGGAGAAGAAAGCCUGGCUGAUCCUGGCCUGGGUGAGCACGGUGGCCGGCAACCUGACCCUCCUCGGCUCAGCCGCGAACCUGAUCGUCUGCGAGCAGGCGAGGCGCGCGCAGUUCUUCGGGUACAACCUCACCUUCUGGAGCCACCUCCGCUUCGGCGUGCCGUCGACGAUCAUCGUCACCGCCAUCGGCCUUCUCAUCGUCAUGAGCUACUGAUGAACAAGCCUCAAAUGGAGAAGAAGAAGUAAGUAAGUAGCAGCAAUCGAAAUCACGUAGCAGCAGUACAAGAUUGAAGGUUUUACUACUACUACUACUAUUUCAGCUGGUUUCUUCCACAAAGGUAAAGAAGAAUGGAAGGAAGCAGCUGUGGAUAUGAUGGAUGCAGAUGGGGACUGAACUGAAAUACUAGGUUCAGCUGAGAAAAAACAAUGUGAUACUUUGUAAUGUGUUUUUUGUUGUUAUAGCUGGGUUUUGUGUUCUGUACUUGUAAUCUUUUAAUCCAUGCAUGCAUGCGCGAAGCAAAAUUAAGCGCGAGGUUGUGUCGCUAAUUAAUCUGCUGAAAAGCAAAAAAAUAAGUGGGGGCAGAUUAUUGUUUGUAGAUGAUGAUAAUUAAUGACCCAGUCGAUGGAACUUGGAAUUAGUCGGCGUACUUUGUACCCUGUUGUAAGGUGAAGCAAGGCCUUUGAUAGGAAUGGAUAUAUGGUGAUGUUAUUUUGCUUC